AUGUUUUUAUUUUAUUUUAAGGCAUCAAAUGAAUUAAAAAUAAAUGCAUUGGGUAAUAUUCAAUGUGCUGAAUUUGGUAUUCCUAGUUGUUAUUAUGGUUCAAAUGAUUCAAUUCAUAUUGGUAAAAAUCUUGUACCUUUUCUGAGUACUUAUAUGCCUCAAUUACAAACAUUGUAUCUUUGGCGACCAGAUGAUUUUGCUUGGACAGCUAGUAAGUUGAUUUUAGAUAAAAAUCUAUUCAAUUCAGUUUAUAGCUUAUACUUUUCUCUUUUUCUAUUUCUAAAUCUGAAUUGAGAGUUUAAUGAAUGAAACUGGUAUUUCUGUAAGAUCAAGCAAGCUUGAUAAUCGAAAAAACCGUUGUCGUUUAUUUCUUUGAAUUUUUUAUUUAACAUUAUUGAAUUUCACUAACAAGGAAACAUUGCGAGGUGCUAAAAAGUUUUGAGCCCAAAUUUUGUCCAUAAUUACAGGAUAUAUGGACUAGAAAAGCCUAAGUGCAUAUGGGCGCAAGUUGUGACUUGGCCAAGGUGCCGAGUUUUUACUAGAAUUUAUCUAUGGGACUCCAUUUUUCCCAUAAAAUGAAAGUUUCGAAUAUUGAUGUGAAGCUUUGCCUAUAUCAAAGUCUCAACUAGAAUAACUUAUCAAUAAAGUUUCAGAAUUUUUGAUCGAAGUAUUAUCGAGAUAUGUUUUUUAAAUUCCAUCCGUACUACAAAAUCCGCAGGCCAGUAU